AUGGUGAGAAAGGAUAGCGAAAGCAGCUGCUCUAGCGACGACAGCCACAACCAUGAAGACUAUUCUUUGUCAAACGACGCCGUCGUCACCAAGUACCAAGUUGCUGCCGAAAUCACCAAUGCUGUCCUCAAGGUGAUUGCCAAUAUCAAGGAAGGAGCCGUCGUCGGAGACCUUUGCGAUCUCGGAGAUAAGUUGAUCCUCGAGAAAACUGGAAAGCUGUACAAGAAGGAAAAGAACUUCACCAAGGGAAUUUCUAUGCCAACUUGCAUUUCUGUUGACAACUGCAUCUGCCACUACACUCCUCUUCGGUCCGAAGCUCCAGUAGUAUUGAAGAACGGACAGGUUGUUAAAAUCGAUCUCGGAACACAUAUCGACGGUCUCAUUGCCACUGCUGCCCACACAGUUGUUGUUGGAGCAUCAAAAGACAACAAAGUCACUGGAAAGGUUGCCGAUCUCCUUCGUGGAACCUAUGAUGCUCUUGAAAUUGCUAUCCGUUCCCUCAGACCAGAAACCGUGAAUAGUGACAUCACCAAGAACAUUGACAAGACCGCUGCCGAAUUCGGACUCACUCCAAUCGAGAAUAUGCUCUCACACCAACUCGAGAGAAAUGAAAUCGAUGGAGAGAAGAAGAUUAUCCAGAACUCUGGAGAGAAGCAGAAGGGAGAAGUUGAGAAGAUCAAGAUCGAUAAGCAUGAGGCAUACGCCAUUGAUAUUCUCUUCUCUACUGGAAAAGGGCAGCCAAAGGAUAUGGAUACUCGCACUACUGUCUACAAGAAGAACGAGGCAGUUACUUAUCAACUCAAGAUGAAGGCUUCUCGUGUGUUCUUCUCAGAUGUCAACAAGCAGCACGGACCAAUGCCAUUCUCCCUCCGCGGUUUUGAGGAAGAAGUGAAGGCCAAGAUGGGAGUUGUCGAAUGCGAGAAAUACGGACUCCUUACCCCAUACCCAGUGCUGUAUGAAAAGGAAGGAGAGCUUGUUGCUCAAUUCAAGGCUACAGUGCUUGUCAUGCCAAAUGGUCUCCUCAAGAUUGCCGGACUUCCAUUCGACUCCGACACAUACCAAUCCGAACUUUCUGUUAAGGAUGCCGAGCUUCAAACAGUUUUGAAGUCCGCUUUGAAACCAAAAAAGAAGAAGGAAGUCAAGAAAGAGGAGCCAGCCGCUGCCAAAAAAGCAUAA